AUGGGAGCUCAACACAGCGCGAGGCCGCACAUCCUAGCUGUUGCAGAUGUCGGCGUCGACGGAGGAGAUGGCCAUGCACACGUCCCGUGUCUGGCGGAGCUGAUGUCUUAUGAGGAGGCCUGCCACCUCGAUCCCGAGCUCGAGACCUUUGACUCCAUGCUCCAGCAGCGCAUCGGUCGCACCAUCUCCACCCUCACCGACAGCGUCCAGGUCCGUUCCCUCUCCCUCAAUUCCCUCAGGGAGAUCACCGACUGCCUCCUCGAGAUGAACCAGGAGGUGGUCAAGGUCAUCCUCGACUGUAAAAGUGCGACGUGUGGAAGAACACCGAGCUCUUCAACCUCAUCGAUGAUUACUUCUAGAACAGCCUCCAAACUCUCGACUUCUGCACUACCUUCGAAAACUGCCUCACUAAAGCUCAUGACAACUAGUUCAUCCUCCAAGUCGCACUGCAGUGCUUUGCCGAGGAAGAGGAGGACCAUAAAGGCAACAAUGCGAGGUACUCUUAUGGAGCUGAGGCGCUUCAAGGCGGGCGGCGAUCCCUUCAUGGAAGAGUUCUUCAAGGCUUUCCGAUCCAUCCACCACCAGCAGCACCAGAUGCUCGAGAAAAUGCAAAUGAGAAAGAACAAGCUUGACAAGAAGCUCAAAUCCAUCAAGGCCUGGAGGAAAGUCUCGAGCAUCUUCUUCGCGGCCACAUUGACCACCUUCUUGAUCUGCUCGAUAGUUGUCGUUGCCAUAUUGCAGUUCAAUGCAUGGAUUUCCAGUGAAAACAUAUUGACCCACGGAUUUUCUAAUAUUGGUCUGAGAGUAAUAGUCAGGAGCAUAAAGCCAAUACAAAAGGAUGAGGAGGUUUGCAUCACUUAUAUCGACUUGUUGGAACCUAAGGUAUUAAGUGCUGUCAUUGGUGAUGUUAGAGGGCUGGGGUUGAUGUUGGGAGUACAACUUGUGACUGAUAGAAAGGAGAAGACGCUUGCCAAGGUUGAGAUAACAGUCUUGUUUGAAAAACUCAAGGAUCUGGGAGUUCUACUCGGGAAAGGAGGCCUUCAGGGUAAUGUUUUUGGUAUAAAGCCACCGAUGUGCUUCACCAAAGAAGAUGCAGGUAUUCUUCGAGACUACGGAAUAUAA